GACUUCAGGGGCACGAUGUUUGUGCAGAACCUCGAGACCUGCUUCGAUGCGAAGGGCAGGUCGGCCUCGGGUCUGUUCGACGGCUUCCCGAUCCCCAGGGCCAUCCGCGAUUCGCUAGUCGCCAUCGAGAAGUCGUUGGUGGAGACCCGGUCUCGGUGGAUCGCAGGCUUCGAGGCCGCGUACACCAGCAUCGGGGACUGGCAGCCGAACUGGCGCCCCGUGAAGGAUGUGCUGCUGGCCAGUCCUCCGCACCCAAUGACGAAGGAGUUGGUCGGAAACAAAAUGCUCAAACAGUUGGGCCAGCUGUGCGCUGACAUGGACGCGCGCCUCAAGCUCUGCCGGCGCGUCCCGACCAUCUUCGAGGCCACCGACCUGUCCAAGUGGGAGGCCCGCGUGCUCGAGGGGAUGGUCACCAUAUCCCUUACCUUCACAAUCUUCUCCAUGAAGUACGCCUUCCCCCAGCUCAAGGGCCCCAAAAAGCUCAAG